AUGGCCGAAAAUGCCGAAUCUGCUGGUUCAGCCAUUACAGAACACACUCCGGCUGAUGCUACAAGCGUUCCUCCACCCAUCGUGAUACAGACACAUUACCAGGAUGAGACAGAAGGCAAGGUGCCCAGCACGACAGAGGAUCUCUGGGUCCACAGAGACAUUCUUCUUCAAGCUGGGUGGUUUCAAAAGGCUCUUUGCGGGAAUUUCAGGGAAGCAAGCGAUCAAAUCAUUGACUUGCCGGAGGAGGAUCCUGCAGUCUUCCAUUUCUUAGUCGCCUUCUUGUACGAAGGCACCUUUGAGCCUAUCAGACCAGCAGCGAGUGUGCUGGCUCAGGAACAUCGAAUUCUUCAUGGCGCCGUCGACGUCGACGACAAGCUAGAGCUACCGACCUCGACGAGGGUCAGGAUAAGCAACCAGGCCGCCAUCGACCUGGAUGCCCUUGUCCUCGGUGCCUCGCAAGGCGUGAUUUCACGAGAUGUUGGCAGUGCGGCGCCAAUCGGUCUCGCGACGUCAACAGCCAUGUGCCUUUACCUUAUGUUCGAGCAGGGCCCAGGCGUGGUAUGCCACCUCCUGGGGCCAUGA